AUGAUCAUCACACUGGAAGCCAGCAGCAAAGAGACUACAGUAGAUGUGGAGGUGUACAGGAGAGACUCUAAGAAGCUUCCAGGUUUAGGAGAACCUGACAUCGACUGGGAGGAGAGUGUUUACCUGAAUCUGAUCUUAAUGAAGCUGGACUAUGUGGUGACGUGCGCCGUCUGCACUCGCUCAGAUGCAGGAGACAUCCACAUUCACAGGAAGAAGUCUCAGCAAGUGUAUGCGUCGCCGAGUAAACACGCCAUGGACAGUAAAGGGGAGGAGUCUAAGAUGAGCUACCCCAACAUCUUUUUCAUGAUUGACAACUUUGAGGAGGUGUUCUGUGACAUGACGGUAGGCGAGGGGGAGAUGGUGUGUGUGGAGUUGGUAGCCAGUGAUAAGAGCAACACGUUCCAAGGAGUCGUCUUCCAAGGUUCCAUCCGCUACGAAGCUCUGAAGAAGGUUUACGACAACAGAGUGAGUGUGGCAGCGAAGAUGGCCCAGCGCAUGUCGUUCGGCUUCUACAAGUACAACAACAUGGAGUUUGUCAGGAUGAAGGGGCCGCAGGGCAAAGGUCACGCUGAGAUGGCGGUCAGCCGGGUCCCGACCGGAGACACGUCCCCCUGCGGCACAGAGGAGGACCUGGACUCACCCCUACACGAGAGGGUUACGUCGUUCAGCACCCCUCCCACCCCAGAGAGGAACCGCCCCUCGUUCUUCUCCCCUUCUCUCCGUCGGAGUCCCAGGAACCGUAUCACUGAGAUGAAGAAGAGUCACUCAGCCAACGAUAGUGAAGAGUUCUAGGAAGAGGACGACGAGGACCUGUGUUACUGCCAGUCCAACCUGCGGUCUCGCUCCCUGUCGGGUACAGGUCGGUCCCUGGUGGGAUCUUGGCUCAAACUGAACCAUAUCCUGGAGGUGAGACAGAAGCCCAUCCUGAUGACAUAGCAGAUCAGAGCUCCAGUCCUCCUAACUGCCCCAGAGCCUCCCUACGAAGUGCCUUCCUGCAUCAGGCCCUGACUGACACCACUACAACCCAGUGGUGAGAUGGAAAACUACAGCAACACUACCAUGGUGGUGAGAUGGAAUUACAGCAACACUACCACCAUCUGGUGGUGAGAUGAUGGAAUUACAGCAACGCUACCACCAUCUGGUGGUGAGAUGAUGGAAUUACAGCAACACUCCCAUCUGGUGGCGACAUGGAGGAAU